GCCCUACAAACAAGAGUCAACAGGGGCGCAUCUCUGAUUCUCGACACUCGAUCAGCGGUUGCAGGACGACAUAAUCCACCAUGAAGCUCGUAAGAUUCUUGAUGAAACUCAAUAAUGAGACCGUGACUAUUGAGCUCAAGAACGGUUCUGUAGUCCAUGGCACAAUUACUGGUGUUGAUAUGCAGAUGAACACCCACCUUAAAACUGUCAAGAUGACAGCCCGUAACCGGGAUCCAACAUCCCUCGACUCCCUAUCUAUCCGCGGCAACAACAUCCGAUACUUCGUGCUCCCAGAUGCACUCCCUCUUGAUACGCUGUUGGUAGAUGACGCACCAAAGCCCAAAGGCAGGAAGAAGGACGAUGCACGCGGGAGGGGCCGUGCACGUGGGUUGCUGGUUGACCGUGGUGGGCGUGGGAGGGGGAGGGGAAGGGGACGAGGAAGGGGCUUCUGAUGGUAUAAUCCAGGGGAUACCAUGCUCAUAUCGCAUUGUCAUCUGUAUAUCGUGUUUCUGCUUUCUGUUAAUGUUAAAAUAUUGCACCGCGCUACAUGGCUUCCUGUUCGAACUUCGUAUGUCGGCCUUGCUGAGCAC